AUGACUGUAUGUCGUAUCACCUACCCUCGAACGCGAGAGCUCACUGGAUGGCGUCUGCCCACAGAAACCAUCAAACGCACUAUAUUCGCAGACCACCUUAAGAUCCUGACAGAUAGACAGGACGAGCUGCUUCAGCAGCUUGCGGGGCUUACGAAAGACGGGUUUUCGAAAGCGCAGGAGGAGUGGGAGAAGAGUGUUGUUGCUUGGGGUGCAUCACUUCUAUCUUUCUUAUCCAACCUUCUGUCAUUCCUUUCGUUCAUUCCUUUGUCUAUUCUUGUAUACUACUCGCGUUUACUUUAUACAACAUUUCGCUACUCAACGCCACAAGGAAAAAGCAAGAACGAAACCGAAGCAGGCGCAGCAUCAGCCUCGACGUCCAUGAAGGUGAUUGUGUGGCAGCUUGUGAUGCUUAGUAAUGAAUGUUGUAGGCUUGAGAAUGAGAAGAAUGAAUUAGAUGGGAGUAAUGCGCUUGUUAGCGAACGGGGGUCGAGAAAGAUUUUGUAUCAGAAGUGUAUGGUUGAAUUCUGCGACAAACACAGUGAGCUCCCUAAAGAAGAAAUACGAGAAAGAGACGAUGGAGCAAGAGAGCUGAGCUGA